ACAAAGUACUGUAAAUAUAGCGUUUUCUGUAUUUUUGGUUGAGGACAUAUCUUUUUAUGGCCCUAAAAUCAUUUUAAUCUGACAAUUUGAUUAAAUUCCCGUAGCGGAAGAUGUUCGAUUGACCUUUGGAGCUACUAGUGUGACACAACAUGCAUGAUUUGUGAAGUAUUGCGAUGGACUUGGGCGAGAGAGGUUUUACAGUCGAUGCAAGUUCAUUUUUGGAAUCACAUAUUGAAUCGAAAACUGUGAGACUGUACAAUUACCACGACAUACCAUAUUUCCUUCGAGGCAAUCCUUACGUAACAUCUGGAUACAGACCCUUCUAAUCCAUCAGGUUAUGUUUUAAAAGGUAAGGUCGUCAAGGACUUAUGAUUGAUUAAUUUUUAUAACAAAAAUUAUCCCUACAAUCUGAAAAAAUAUGUUUGUAUCCCCUCCACGAGCAUUUGCCACUUUUUUGUUCGGAAAGCUCGAAGUGUCCGCAGUGGGACCAGUAGAUUUGUGCAGAAACUGGACUGUGGAUUAUUAAAGACAAAAAUGUUUGAGUCCCCACCUAUCACCACCACCAGGGCUUAAUGAAAUGUGCCACUAAGCAGGUUGUAUGACUCUAAUUUUCCCCUAUAAACCUUACUAUUCAUGGUCAAGUGUACGUCACCUUGAGCAAAGUUUGCCUGGAACAGGUUUGAAAAUUCAUCUUUUCAUUGUGUGGAACUGAUACAGAGACUCAGCAUCACAGCCCGAGGGCAAGUUUAACCCUAGUUAGUUGUCAAUCUUUGUUACACAGCACCAGUGCAGAGUGUUAAAACUUUCAUAACACAGUAAUACGGCCACACUUGGUCAAAUACCACUUUAUUUUUUUAGCUGAAAUUUGCAGACCAGAUUCCGGAAAAUAAUACCAUCUCUGUGCUAGACUAAUUAACCUUACAUCACAGUUCAGAUUCCCAGCAUAUGUGUUAAUACAUGUAACUGUUGUAGACAACAAAACUAGCUAGAGUCUUAGCGAUUAUAGUAAUUUUGAAAAAUUUGUUUUUGUCUUUCUUUCAGUCCGUUUGUGUUGUCCACUGAAUCUAUCAACAUCUGGUCCCAUUUGGUUGGAUUUUUCUUCUUCAUUUAUCCUCUUCUUGCUGACAACUUGGUUAGAAUUCCAGAAAACAAUGGCACCUUCUCUGAUCAUGUUGCGCUGACCUUAUUACUCAUUGGUUUCAUGGUAAGAUAAAUUUCAUGUACUCUCUAAAAUAACCUGAGAAAACAGCCAACAUUUUGACGACACCACCAAUAUCAUUUCCCUGGAAAAAAUUAAUGAUGUCUGAAGAUGAUGCACAGAAAUUCCAUUUUGGUGAAGUGUCAUCAUUACAACUUCACGCCGAUUUAAGAGUGUACCCCAAAUUUUGGGGUUAUCAAGUAUUCAUAUACAGUCCGGAAUAUCCCUAAAUUUAAGGACAGGGCCAGCUGGUCACGCGGCACUUUUCAACCAAUGAGAAGACGCGCUUGUGUUUAUCAACAAACAAAUCAAAACAUCGCCCCAGUGAUCAAAAAUUUUCAAAACAACGGACGGAGUCGGCGGACAGAAUUAAAGAUGAGCUUACAGUACUCGUCUAGGUUUCACAUUUAAUAUUUCAAAGAAAACAUUUCAUGUAAGAGAAUAAGAGCAUUAUUCAUUGCAACGAAUCAUUGGGGUGUUCGAACUGAUUCCAGACCGAUCGCAGAGGUCGUGGCUUCACUGGCGUGGCUUGAAAAGAGAGUGUGAAAAUUUUUUGAGAUCGUACAAAACAGGAUUGGUACUACCUAUUAACUUCUACAGGACAAGAAUCAAAGAACCAGUCAUCAUAACAAGAAUUAAAAGUAGUUCGGAUCAAAUUUAUUAAUUUUUCUUGUUUGUUUUUUGGUGUUGUUUCGUGUUGACUUCACGCAUCUGGUCGGCUUUCCUUGCUUGCUGUAGUACCUGCAAUGUUUUAAUUUUAUCCCAGAUAAUCAGUGCAUGUUCAAUGAGUAGCGAAAUGCAUCAUUUACACAGGAAAUCUGCCUUCUUUCUUUGAUUGUUUUUUAACGGUAGAGGAACAUUUGGAGAAUCCAUGCAGCAACAUUAAAUCUUUCCAGAUUUGUUGAAUUUCAGAAACAAAGUGGUUAGUAUCUACUUUGCGCUUACGAUCUUCAAUUUCAUCCCCACAAAUUUGGCAAAGUGAGGCGAGAUGUUGGACGUGAAUAUCCAUAAGACUAAUAAAGUUGUUUUGGCCUUGAAAAAAAAGGCAAAGGCUCGUACUCAUGCGAAAAAAAGUAAUAACACGGCUCCGUGAGAAGCCCGGGAAUGGAAAACGUACUUGUUUUGGCCCUCAGAAUUCAAAAAUUGUCUACCAAAAUUCUUGGUUGUCUACCAUCCCCACAUUCAACAUGAUAAAAGUUAAUCGAUAUGACAAUCGAGGAAAAAUAUCUAGAACUUCCUAAAAAAAUCUGUGAAUCGAAAAAAUAAUAGAUACUUGUUCACCUACCUUGAAAACCGACCAAAAUCUCGCCCAUACAUCGCGUUGUUUAAAAGAAGAAAUAAGCUGCAAAAUGUGCUGAAUAUUUCACAAGAAACUUCCAGUGUGGCUUCCCGAUACGCUGUCCACUAAAAAAAAUUGUGUAUGCGUCAUGAAAAGUCUUAAAAAUAUGCCUGAGAGCCUCGGUGACUGAUUCUGUCCGACUCCGUCCGCUGUUUUGAAAAUUUUUGAUCACUGUGGCGAUGUUUUGAUUUGUUUGUUGAUAAACACAAGCGCGCCUUCUCAUUGGUUGAAAAGUGUCGCGUGACCAGUUGGCCCUGUCCUUAAAUUUAGGGAUAUUCCGGACUGAUAUAUUCAGGCUAUUGUUCUUGCCAUUGUCGAUUACCUUCCGAAGAAUCCACGAGCGGAAUUCCUUUAAUUUAGGUGCGAUAUGUCUCUUUUGUUUCGAAUUUUGUUGCUUGAUUGACUUUUUAAUCCCCAUUGUUACCUGAUGAGUAUUAAAUUUAUCCAUUAAAAUACUCGGACUUGCCUGUUAAAUUUGCUGCGGUCUGUGGGAACGCUUACAAGUCUUUUAAGUGUGGCGGACAACUCUGGUUGCAUAACGUAUUUUUGGUCACGCACCGUAUUACAAACGAAACAAGCCUGAUAAAUUUGAAGUUGAUUAAAGCUUAUAAAUACCUGUUCUCCUAUGGUAUUUUUUUUAUCAAAUACUCCCUUGCCUUGAAAAUAAUUUGGCGUUUAAAGAAUUGCUGUGGAAGGUAUUCAUUCAGUAUUAUCAAAACCUACGCUCUGCAAUCAAGAGCGAACAACUCUCUUCAAAAUGUAAACAACGCAAGCGGUAAAUGCAUUUAAUGGGAUGACACAGAUUUAUCAGCGUGUAAUUUCACUUUUUUGGACGUUUUCGCUUGCCUUUCAGUUUUUUUGUUGAAAAAAACCUUGCAUUUCAGUUACAAGACUGCAGGGCCCGAAAUAACCGCGUAUUGUCAGUUCACCGAUUUGCAUGACAACUUGAUUCGCAGAGCUAAUCGAGUGAGACAGGAAAUAUCUAAAACUGUAAUCGACAGAUCAAAACUUGCGGAAUUCAUAAUUCCUCGAAAUAAUUUCAUAGAAACGUUUGUAUAGUUUGAUUGCUCUGGAGAAAUGAAUAACUGUUAUGAUUGAAUGAAUGGAUAACUCUCGGCCGGCCGGAUUUUAUUAAGCGAUAGGCGAGAAAAAAUGCUUCAGUGGCUUGCUUUGUACUUUGAAACCUCGGCAAGAAAAAAAAUCCAAUCUUGGUCCACAGUGGUCGAAAUUUCUCGUUCAAGAUCUCUUUUUGAAGCUCUCAAAACUCUCCUUUUUGUAAAAUACGUACCCAAGUCGAAAAAGUUUUGCGAAAGACUUAAAUCCAUAAACUUCUACGGCGAUAUGUGCGAUAAUUCUCUGCAGUUUUAUUGACACAUUUAGAACAAAAGGAUACCUUUAAAACUUCGUGGCCCUGGGCAGCUUAAUUAAGCCAUUGUUCAAUUCCUUUGAAUUCGCUUCUGAGUCUUCCGCCAUAAAAUCUCACCUUCUUUGAACCGAGUAAAAACGAACACUCUCGAAGGGAAAGUCCGGAGGAAUAAACUGAGCCUUCAGGGUACAAAAUCCAGCGGUUAUACCCAUUUCCGAAAUACACACUUAAAUCGGCAUGAAGUUGUAAUGUUUCCCAGUGACAAGUCAUCAGUGUGGAAUUUCAGUGCUCACUCCUUAGACAUCAUUUCACAGGGAAACUGUUGGUGGUGUUGCAAAAUGUUAGCUAUUUUCUCAGCCUAUGUCUAAAACCUGGGGCAGAUCUAGGUUUUUAGCAGAGGGGGUUCGAUGAAAGGGGGGUCUGGGGGCAUCAUCCCCCUAAAAAUUUUGAAAAUUCAAGUCCUCGGAAACACAAUUUCCACCAUUCUGAGACAAAGUCAGCGUGUUUUAAUAUCAAAAUGGUAUGUUGACUUAUCUUAUCUUCCUCUCCCUCCUUUGGCUCAUCACAACCCUCUGUCUGUUUCAUAAUCUUAGAUAGAGACAGAGGAACUUGCCCAGCCCAUUAUUUUUUGCUGCUGGGACAGUAGGUACCCCAGGUAUAGCAUUGCUAACAUUUUUUUUCUCCAUAGACUUCCUCAUGUUAUCACAGUGUGCUUGAAAACCACUGCUCAGAUUGAAGUCGUUGUGGCCAAUAAGGACAAAGCUUUGGAGGAAUCUGAAGAACUUCGCCAGGAUUUCUUUGAAGUUGUUGAAGCCAUGGCAGUGCACUUGAUGUAA